UAAAAACGUGGCAACGCCAGUUUUAAUCAACAGAUCCCGCCAUUUAUGCGGCGCAUCAUCAGUUUGCAGAAAUAAACGCAUUCGACAUUGUGGACAUUCAUUUAAAAUAUUGGACAAAUCGGAUAAAACGUGUAAGCAAUAUGACGAAAUGCCUGUUGUGUCACAGUGCCAACAACGAUGAGCUCUUGCUGGGUAAAAUGCACUCUCGCCGACAUGGCUGCGUUGCUGUUCAUGAGAAUUGUUUGUAUUUGAGCUCGAAUUUGGUGCAGCGCGGCAGUGAAACUAGCAACGAUAUUUGCUGUUUCACUUUAGCAGACAUCAAAAUCGAAUCACAACGUACACAAAAAUUGAAAUGUUUCUACUGCCACAAAAACGGUGCCAACAUUGGAUGCUGCGCCAAGAAAUGCCAUCGAUCAUUUCACACCGAAUGCGGCAUCAAGAAUGGAGCGCAGAAUCAAUAUUGCAACACGUACAAUUCCUUCUGCAGCUCGCACAUCAAGAAGAUCGCACAGCGACCCAAGGAUCAAGAAGAAUGUGCCAUUUGCCUGGACACGUUGCUCAAAAAGGAAAAAUUCAAGUACACGGAACACAUAUUAGGCACGUGUUGCAACCGUGGCUGGUAUCACAAGCGCUGCUUGCAACAAUAUGCUAACUCGGCGGGAUAUUUCUUCAAGUGUCCGCUGUGCAACGAUAAGGAACAGUUUCAUUUGGUUAGCAUGUGGGGCAUCUUUGUGCCAAAUCGUGAUGCUUCUUGGGAACAAACAGGUGCCUAUGACGAUCAACAGGUGUUGGCGACUUCGUGCACAGCCGAGAAUUGUCAAUUGCGACGCGAGAAUCCAGAUGAAUCGGUAUCGGAAAUUCUAUUGUAUUGCAAUCUCUGUGGUGGCAAUCCAAUGCACACACAGUGCACACCAUUGGACACUGAAGAUUAUUACUGCAACGAUUGCAAUGGCGUGGCAAAUGAUACAAUCGAUCUGAAACUGGACGAUACUUUAAUUCCAACGGAAACUGCCACAAACUUGAAUGGUUCACGCAUGAAAUUCGAGACAAUGGAGCUUUCAAUGAAAAAAGAGGAGAAUGCUCCAAGCAUUACGUCUUUGCGUCCACGCAAUUGUUCACCAUCCGUAGAACAUCAAGAUUCUCGUUUUCGUGAUCGCAAUAUUUGCAUGACAACGACUGACAUGAAGGGAGAGGAGAAGAAUAACGAGAAUAUUUUCUUGGCACUGUCGCAACCGAUGACGCCAGUUUCAUUGCGUUCCAAACGUGGCCCCAUCACAGUUGACGAGCUAGAAAAGGAGAAUUCCUCAGCGAUUUUGCGAGAUCAACGCUUAGGGCAUGCCAUGCAAGCAGCGCUUGAACCGAAAUUUAAGAACGAAGAUCAAUUGAGCGAUUCAGAUAUAGGAGAUGAUUUGGAAAUCGUUGUUGCAACGCUCAAGAAGCAAGAGGAAGAAUCACGCAAAGCCAAUCAAUUGAAAUAUGAGCAGAUGCCUGUUUCCGAUCAACGAUCAUGUCACGGUGAUCAAGCAUCGCUUGAAUCAAAGUCUGAGAUCAAAGAUGAGUUGAAUGAUUCGGAGAUGGGAGAUGAUUUGGAAAUCGUUGUUGCAAUGCUCAAGAAGCAAGAGGAAGAAUCACGCAAAGCCAAUCAAUUGAAAUAUGGGCAGAUGCCUGUUUCCGACCAACGAUCAUCUCAAGGUGAUCAAGCAUCGCUUGAAUCAAAGUCAGAGAUCAAAGAUGAGUUGAAUGAUUCGGAGAUGGGCGAUGAUUUAGAAAUCGUUGUUGCAAUGCUCAACCAGAAGAAAGCAGAAGCAGACGCGGCAAGGGAGGCUCUUAAAGGGGACAUGCAAUGGGAGGAGGAUAAAGAGAAUAAUCCGCUAACUUCAAAUACAACUGCAACUCAAAGGCCUUCAAUCUCAGUGGAAAAGUCUACGCAAUCGAGUGAAACAGCUAUUGAGAUGCGUGAAACGCGUUCGCGAUCGAGACGUCGAUUGUCACAGGAUAUAAAUGUAAAGCAUGUUGAAUCUCAGCCGGAGAAUAUAACUGUGCGUUCGAGACUGAGUUGCCGAUUGCCGCAGAAUCCCAAUGAUGAACUUAUUCAAGCCCAGCCAGCGAUGGCUACAGUGCCUCCAACGCGCUCGAGACUGAGUUGUCGAUUGUUCCCGGAUGUGAAUGUUGAUCAUAUUGAAUCUCAGGCAGAAAAGAAUACUGUGCGUCCAUCGCGCUUGCGUUCAAGACUGAGUUGCCGAUUGCCGCAGAAUCCCAAUGAUGAACUUAUUCAAGCCCAGGCAGCGAAGGCUACAGUGCCUCCAACGCGCUCGAAACUGAGUUGUGAUGUGAAUGUUAAUCAUAUUGAAUCUCAGGCUGAAAAGGAUAAUGUGCGUCAAACACGUUCGCGUUCGAGAUUGAGUUGCCGAUUGUCGCAGAAUCCCAAUGAUGAGCAUAUUCAAACCCAGCCAGAGAAUGCUACAGUGCCUCCAACGCGCUCGGAUGUGAAUGUUGAUCAUAUUGAAUCUCAGGCUAAAAAGGAUAAUGUGCGUCAAACGCGUUCACGCCAACGUCGCGCCUCAAUUGCCGUGCAACCGCAACAGUGCGAAACAAUGCGUCAAACGCGUUCACGUUCACGUCUCAGGGGCUCCCCCAAAGAUGCAAAUAAUGUGCCUCAGCCAACUGCGAAUCGUGCAGCUCGAUUGCGUCAAAGACGCAGCACAUUCGCUGUGGAAAGAUCAGCGAAGGAGAAGUCGCGAUCGCCGUCUUUGAAGCGUCAAACGCGCUCACGCUCUGCCUUAAAGCGCAAAUCACCGACGGACUUGGGUGUAGGUCGGCAUCCGAUGCGUCGUCGUAGCCAACAUGCGCUGCAGCCCGAGGCGAUGUUGAAGAGCUACGAUGUUGAAGAGCAAUGGAGAAGCAGAUUGUAGCGAAACGGUUCCAAAUCGAAUGAUCUCAUGUGGUUUCAGCUACCGCAGUCUAAUAUAAAAUGCAUCCAUUUAUCUUUUAAGCCAAAAGCGUGAAAUUUGCAGCUAUAUUUUUUUUAUAAAACGUAUUCACCAAGUUAAGAAAUGAAAAAAAAACCUGGUAUAAGGCAGUUUUUGAAGGACUCUAAUCUCUUCAAUUUAAUGUAUUUUCAUUUAACAUAUCCACCAACCUGGAAAAUAUUGGUGCAUUUAUUUUUUUUUUAAGUUCUAAGUUUGUAAGUUGUGAAUUACGUGAAUUGCUAAAAAUUUUUGUUUGCU